UGAAAGUAUUCAUGGGUGCAGGCAAAGUUACUACAAUUUUAAGUUUUUACAAUAAAUGCUUGUUUUUGAAAUGAAAUGGAGGGAUCGAGUACUAAAGAGUCCCUCAACUGUGCCGGGUGCUUGAACAACAUCGGAGAAAAUGACUAUGUGUCCGCACUGGAACAAGAGUGGCAUACAGAUUGCUUCAGGUGCUCAGUAUGCGACUGCAUGCUAUCAACAUGGUACCACGAGAAGGGUGGCCUGCUGUUCUGUCAACAGGACUACUGGGCGCGCUUCGGCGAGCCAUGUCACCACUGUCAAAAGGUGAUGACGGGUCCAGUGAUGGCGGCCGGUACUCGCCACUACCACCCAGAGUGCUUUGCGUGCAACACGUGCGGAGUCCCCAUAGACGACAAGGAGCCCUAUGCUGUGCAGCAAGAACGGUUGUAUUGCUCGCCGUGCUACGCGCGCUCGGAGGGUGCGCGCGCGCUGCGCGUGGUGCGGGCGCCGGCGCCGGCCGCCAAGCUCAAAGACACCGAGACAGACUCGUCUUGCGGCCUGUUGACCCUGCACAUCGGAGACCGCAUACUAGAGAUUAACCCGCCUAAGCCCAAGGACGAGCCAGAUAAAAUACCAGACACUGUUAUACAGCUCACCAUAGAACCCCCAGAAACCCCUAUGUGCAACAUACAGACUGAGACGGAGCCCUCGUUAGAGGGGGACGGCAAGAAGGAGCGGCUGUUCAAGAGGAAGGGAGACGGCGCUAACAAGAGAGUCAUUAAAAGGAGACAGCCGAGCUCGCCGCUGCUGUGCGACAAGGAGAAGAGUAGUAGCAUGUCGAAGCUGCUGGAUGCUGUUGACGGUGAUCCAGAACCGACGGGCGUACUAUGCGACCUAUCAAGGGCUCGGUCCUUUCGGGCGGAGCCGCGGGAUGUGACGCAGCGAGUUUUCCGCGCCUGCGACUUGUUACAGGGCGAGCUUCUAGGCUCAGGGUUUUUCGGUGAGGUGUACAAAGUGACUCACCGCGAGACCGGCGAGGUGAUGGUGCUCAAGCAGCUGUACAGACUAGACGAGGGCGCGCAGAGGAACUUCCUCAAAGAGGUGGCGGUACUGCGUUCUCUGUCGCACCCGAACGUUCUUCGUUUCAUCGGUGUGUUGUACCGCGACAAAAGACUGCACCUGGUGACCGAAUACGUCGCCGGAGGGACUCUAUACAAUCUCAUACAGGACACCAGUGCAGAGUUAUCAUGGUCGGAGCGGGUCCGCCUGGCGCGGGAUGUGGCGGGGGGAGUGGGGUACUUACAUCGCAUGAACGUCAUACAUCGGGACCUCAACUCACACAACUGCCUCGUGCGCGAGGACAAGACGGUGAUCGUGGCGGACUUCGGGCUGGCUCGCAUCGUGCAGCGCACCGCCAGCAGCUCGCUCGAGCGGCAUUCCACUUUAAGAAGGAAACGAUAUACGGUUGUGGGCAAUCCGUACUGGAUGGCGCCGGAGAUGAUGAACGGGAACGUGUACGAUGAGAAAGUGGACGUGUUUUCCUUCGGCAUCAUAUUAUGCGAGAUAAUUGGACGCGUCUCAGCGGACCCAGACUUCCUCCCUCGGCGGCCGGACUUCGGUCUGAACGAGCCUUUAUUUUUAGAGAAGUUCUGCCGCAACUGCCCGCCGCCGCUCUCCCGCGUGGCGCUACUAGCUGCCCAUUUACGCCCCGGACACAGACCCACCUUCGAAGUGAUCGAGAUCUGGCUAGAGACGCUGCUGAUGCACAUGCAGAGCCCCUCGGCGCAGGCGCAGGCGCGGCUGCUCGCCGACGUCGCGCAGUACGCGGCCGGCGGCGCGCCGCGCGGGGAGCUGCAGGAGGUGCUCAAGUCCCCGUCUAAAGUGACCAUCACGUCGACCCCCUCGGCCCCGGGCCGCGCCCUGGGCAAGUGCGUGUCAGCCUCGCACAUUGGCGCGCCGCCGCCGCGGGUGGUCACCGUCACCAACCUCAGCCGCAGCCAUAAUACUCUACACACACCCGGCUACAUACUGCGACAGAGACCUGGCAACAUCGACAUCACCAAGGUGGAUGACAUAUCGGAGUGGCUGGACCCGCGGCCCAGCGACUCCCCGACCAUGCCGGCCUUCCUCCGCAACCAGUCCGUCGAGGGCCUGGAGACCCGGGCCAAGCGCGACGCCCCGCUGCCCUUCUGCCGCCACCACAGCAUCCCGGACCAGUGCCAGGACGACGGGCUGCUCAACGACGACGACUCUGACUCCUCCGACGACGACCUUGAAGAUAUUACUGACUGGCACAGCAUCCCGGACCAGUGCCAGGACGACGGGCCGCUCAACGACGACGACUCUGACUCCUCCGACGACGACCUUGAAGAUAUUACUGACUGGCACAGCAUCCCGGACCAGUGCCAGGACGACGGGCCGCUCAACGACGACGACUCUGACUCCUCCGACGACGACCUUGAAGAUAUUACUGACUGGCACAGUGCCAGGACGACGGGCCGCUCAACGACGACGACUCUGACUCCUCCGACGACGACCUUGAAGAUAUUACUGACUGGCACAGCCAAGCGCGACGCCCCGCUGCCCUUCUGCCGCCACCACAGCAUCCCGGACCAGUGCCGGGAUGACGGGCCGCUCAACGACGACGACUCUGACUCCUCGGACGACGAUCUUGAAGAUAUUACUGACUGGCACAGAAACGUCUCCACCGUCGGCACGUCCUUCAAAAAGCUCGAAAAAAUGGAAGUGGACCAACCCAAGAACCUCCUGUCAGGCAUCGUGAAGAAAGGCGAGAAUCUACUCAAGAAGAACAGCUAUGACGUCACCAACGUCACCCUGAGGAACCCGGACGAGAGGAAGAUACCUGAAGUGGACUGUAGGAGAUUUAAUAUUGACUAUUUGAAUAAAAGUCCGGUUAUGGCUGUCGCGGUGAAAAACAUUCAAAAAGAAGCGAAACCGGUGGAAAAAACUGGAUUUUUCACAAAGAAGUUACUCUCGCCGAAGUUUAGUAGGCUCUUCAAACCGAACACGGCGGAGGUGGUGCGGAAUAAGACAGAGAUGGAUGAUAAAGAGGAAAAGAGUCGAAGCAAGUUCUUUAUACAGCGGCCCGCGUCGCCGAGCAACUUGUAUAGAGGGCAUCGCGUACGACCCGUUGAUGAUACCAAGGACAAAAAGGAGAACCACAUACUGAAAAGCGACCUGAAGUUGGCGAGCCUGGGCAAGCCGAUGACGCCGAUAUUCCGGCGCCACGCGGUCACCGAGCGGCCCGACUUCGCGGACGGCCGGUUCAGCUACCGCGACCGCAAGCCCAGGGACGACAAGUUCAUAGAACUGGGCAGGAACAGGAUCAAAGCCCCCGCCAAGCCCCUCACCCGCUGCUCGCCCACCAACAACGUGCCUCUAGAAGUAGACAAGCCCGAGAGGAAGCGAGAAGGAAUCUCGAGGAGCAACUACGUCAGCCUCGCCAACCUCAAGAUCAACAGCAAGAAGGAAUUCCAGAAGAAGAGAGAAGACAGCUCGCCGGUCGAACGGGUGAUAUAGACGGGGUACCGUAGAUUUACUAUUAUUUGAUUUUCUACCUUAACAAAAUCAUGGUAAAGUCGAUAUUAUUGUGCUUGAAUGAACGUUUGGAUACAUUUCAUUAUACAGGGCUUUUUUUAGCAGUUGCGAAAAGUCGCCAAAAAAAUCUUAGUGAAAUAAAAAUAAUGUUUUUGUUUAUAUUUUUCAAUUUGUAGCCACUUUUUGAAAUCCGAAUAUUCAACGUAUGCUCGGUCACCCUAAAGUACGCGCGCGGAGGCGGAGCAUAGCGUUAUCAAGUAGCACGAGACACCCUUAUCUGUCUAUCUCACUUACCACGUAAUAAACAUAAGUCAAAUUAAAAAGGUGGCUUGACAGUGAUUUGUAAUAUUGACUUUAUUAAUGUGCGUUAAGGUUGAAAAUUGAAUAGAACCGUUUAGUGAAACUCAAACUAAUUUUGAAAUACAGGAACUACACCAGUUGAUAAACUCAUGUUACAAUGAAAAACAAGAAUAAGAUACGACGUUUUAUAAAUAAUGAUAAUGUAUAUGUCGGCGGCCGAUCGGAAGAUCAGGCAGAUCGUAAUGUUCCUGUGUAAUGUUUUGACGAUAGUCACAUUAAACCAAUAUAUAGGUAGGAUAGGUUCGUUAGGUUGCUUCAUAUGCCCGAAGGGCAAACUGCCCAGAAAUAGGAGCCCCGCGUAGCGGCGCUCCGUCGACUCAGAGAAUGAGUCAAAGAUUUUCACGUUUCACGAUAUGCCUAGGAAUUUCACGAUAUGCCUGAUCUUACGAUCGGCCGCCGACAUGUACAUAUGUAUAGAAACAAAGCCAUGACGUGUAUUAAUACGACACUCAAGACAAUUACGAUUUUAGGAUUCCUCGCCUUCGGACCAUUCCCAGAUUCCCAGUAUACUUGCCAAUUCGCGGCGUAUAAUAUUAUAUAUUAUUGUGGUUUGUUCUUCUGCUUAACCGAGAUAGGAACGUUUCUAUUAAAGCUUUUGCGUAUAUCAGGGUGUUUCUGCAAUAACUAUGAUAUCAAGCAUAUAAUGCGUACCAUCAUUCACACAGUGAACUGACCUUACGUCAACCUUAAUGCGACGGCAUAAGGUAUAUUAUUUGCUAGUAAAAUAAUGUUAUUAUAUCAAUAAUGAUAUGAAAUUUUAUAGCCGUAGGAGCACCCAUAAUCAAAUAUAUUAUGUACAUGUUUAUUAUGAAUUGUAGGAAAAUAUACUUUGAACAACUGCACACUAUAACCUCUUAGGGCCCAUCAUAUGAGAGACCAAUAAAUUUGCCUAUUUUUAAUUUGAACCUUGUUGUAUUGUGUAUUGAGACGAAUUUCGUUUGUGUGAGAAAGCAGUGAAAUAAAAAAUAAAUUCUAGGUACUUCGUUUAAAAAAAGGUUCUAAUUAGAAGACAAGCGUACAUUGUAAUGCACAUUGGGCCUUACGUGGUUAAAGCAUUCGUCCUUCUCUAACAUUUAAGUGCGAGAAGGGCGGUUGUUUUAUGUGCUAAUGUCUUUAACUGCGGCUAAGCCGAUUUUCUAGAAUGUAUACGUCAGAUUUUGAUGCAGUUUAUUCGUGAUCGUGAAUAUGUACGUUAUCGUUAGAUGUUUGACACUACGUAAAUGAAUGCGGUCAAUUGUUUGUACGCUUUGUUAGUUAUUAUAAUAUGCGUGCGUGGUUUCGCUUUGGUACCUCGUGCCAGUGACUGGCACGAGCGAAACAUACGAUAUACGGGAUAGACAAAAAAUAACUGCGUUCCCGUUGCCAGGGAGGUUUUGGGAUUAUACUGAGCAACUUUUACCAUAGGAUCAACCCCGAAAUAGCGAUAAAUAUUUGGGUGGUCCAUUUUCAAUGGGAGGGUUAAUUAAUUUUUUCGAUCCCGGGGUUGGUCCCAUUGUAAAAGUUGCUCAGUAUAAUCCCAAAACCUCGCUGGCAACGGGAAUGCAGUUAUUUUUUGGCCACCCUCUAUAAUAUGAGUUUUUGCACUAACUGGUUGAACUAUUAAUUAAAUACAGUGGAAAAUGUGACUAUUGUUCUAAACAUAUAGGUUCAUAAAUCUACAUAUCUGUAUCAACCAACCAACAACAAUAUCAAAAAUUACAAACACGUUAACAGAUAAUGGGGAAACAGGAACUAAAUCCUAAAGAAGUUACUACAGAUGUAGUGCAUAAUUCAUAAUUAAAUUUAUAUUCCGUCACACACUUACAAUUACACACAGUCUCAAUUAUAUUCCAUCGUAUUUUCACGGAAACGUACGAACGUGUCUUGCUAUUUCAGUCAGUCUCGGAACAAAAAGUACUGAGGUUGAUUGAAGUAGCAUGACAAAUACGAACGUUUCCGAGAAAAUACGAUGUAUGCACUACCUACAUCUGUACCUAUUAGGAACGUUUUCAGUGUGUCGAUCUAGUACCUAGUGCGUAAACACAUUUUGGGAGGCGAUUUACGUUGAAAAGGGCUUCGUAGUUAGUUUGUUGUGAGCGGUGCCUUGUUACAAGACUUCCAACUAGCUGGGAUUUAUUUUAUGAGGUACUUGUUACACAUGUCUAAAGGAUUCAAACUUGAUCACACAUAUUUGACUUCCUUCCUGAUAUCAAUGUCUAUGAAUAAAUUCGGGUGAAUACUUAGAGCCACACCGCACUAGCGUCUUCCGUGCGUCGGCGUCUAGUUAACUCUAUGGCUGCUGUUCGACGCAACGUUGGCGCAACUGCGCAGCGACGCCAUUUUCCAUAGCGCUAACUAGACGCCGACGCUCAAAAGACGGUAGUGUGGGGUGGCCUUAAUUCCUUUUUCCUGAAUAUUCUCUAAAUGUAUAUGGCCUAAGGAAUCUGAUACUGAGAUAAUAUUCUGAGCCCAGAUCUAUAGGCAUUCAGAUCGUUAAUGUAUUUGAUCUCCCGGAAUUCGAUUCUGCAACACUGGUCGAAAGACCUACUGUGUUUAUUGUAACUUGUAGCUCUAUAAAAUAGGGCCCAGAUGAGGGCAUUUAUAGCGUUUGCUCGUGGUAUACACACAUUAUACACGAUUUAGGUUUUAUACCAAUGUUCUAUCGUAUUGUAACAUAGUGUUAAAAGAUGUUAUACGCGAUGUAGUUAUUCACCGAUUUUUUUUAAUGUUGGUCGUUUACUUGACCCUUUUUAAGAGAGACGUAGUUACUAUAAUAAAUAUUGACAUUACAAAAAUAAUGGACGCAUUGUGAACGUAAAUAUUAGGUCCACAAAAUUGCGUUACUGUACUUAUAUUGUAUGUAUAUGAUUUUUUUGGAGAUUAUUACAUUUUUCUUGCGUUUUAUAAGUCCUAAAAUAUACAUGACGUAUUAAUCUGUAUUAUUUAUGUAACUAGCGACCCGCCCCGCUUCGCACGGGUUAACAAACUACACCUAAACCUUCGUCAAGAAUCACUCUAUUGAUAGGUGAAAUCCGCAGGAAAAUCUGUUCAGUAGUUUUAGAGUUUAUCGCGAACAUACAGACAGACGCGGCGGGGGACUUUGUUUUAUAAGGUGUAGUGAUUAAUAGCAUUUUAUGGAUGAAAAUCAUUUAUUUACAAACAAUAUAUAUACAGUGGUACAACUAAACGAAAUUAAUAACUAGCUUAGCAUUUUAUUAAUAUUCUUCUGUCCAACUUUUAGAGCAAUAUUAUAUAUUGGCCUUAAUAGCUUUUUAUACUAGAUAUUCAAUAUUAUACAAUUAGGUGCGGACUUGCAAUAAUAUUUGUAUGUGUUUUUAUGUGUUGGCUUUGACAAAUAUUUAUAUAAUGUGCCAUCUUAUAUCAUAUCGAAUGGAUAUAUCUGACAAAUUGAAUCUCAUUACGUAUUCCAAUAGUUACUAAAUAUAUUUAUAAUCUUGCACUUGGAAUCUCAAAAAAGUAGUUCUUUAUUCAAGUUCAUUUAUUUUUACACGUUAUUUUUGAAUUUUACAAUUUCGUGGAAUAGUCAAAUUGUUUAAAUUAAAUUGAAACUUUCCUACACUAGCGUCACUAGCGGCAGUAAUGUACAUGUUAAAUACCUUGGAAAAUCUCGAAAAAUACUCUCGUAGACAUCUCUAUAUAACAUAUAUACCUAUGUUUUUACCUUUAUAUUCUUGUCAUCAAAGGAAUACAACAAGGUAUAAGAAAAUAUUUUUGUAAAACGACACAAAGAUACAUUAUUUGCUGGAACUAUUCAGGCUCUAUUAUGACAUUUGUUUGCAUUGAUCCAUCACUUUUUAAUAAAAUUUUGUAUUUAUCCGUCUGGUUUCAACUGGCAUAUCAAAUAUGGAAAAACAAGUCACUUACACUUUUCUGCGUUGGUCAGCCAACGAGACCCGGUUUAAUAUGUUUGAAAUCAGAGUCUCACGGAAGUUUUGUUAUAAGUAUAAAAUUGGUCCGACUGUACCAUGGUACCUAAACUGUAUGGUACCAUCACCCACACUGUAAACUGAUAAUCGACCAUAUUGCAAAGGCAUAAAGUCCACAGAUGACAAUAGUUCAGAAAACGAAACGUUAUUAUCUCUCUAACACUUCCAUAUCAGUGUGAUAGAGACAGGAUAGCGUUUCGUAUCUUUGCGAAAGGUUGUCAUCUUGGCUAGGCACUCAGUUAAGUGUUCCGGUUAGUACCGUAAUUAGAGCUAGUAUUAGAGUAUGACAAUACAUUAACUAUAUUAAUUUAUUAACAUUAGUAGCCUAAGUUUUAAUGUUUGAAGUCUGAAGAUUAUUUUGAAACAGGGUGCCAUUUUGUAUUUUUCCUAAUAAUGCUUUGAUCGAAAUUUGAAAAUUCCCGAAAAGAGAACUCCCAUUGCAAAUGCCGACAACGCACUUGCUACCCCUGUGGUGUUUCAGGCGUCCAUGGGCGACGUCAAUUGCUUAUCAUGAGGCGAUUCGUUUGCUUCCUAUAUCAUGAAAAUAAUACUCUGUUCGCUUGGUAAAAUCACCUUUGUUUUUAGAGCUCCGUACAAAACUUUGUUCACGGAGCUCUUAUCUAAUGGGAUCACUUCGGUCUUGCAAAUGGGUUAUAUUUUGAGGAUAUUUUUAAUGAAAUUUCCUUUUUAGGGUUCCGUACGCAAAGGGUAAAACGGGACCCUAUUACUAAGACUUCGCUGUCCGUCCGUCCGUCCGUCCGUCUGUCACCAGGCUGUAUCUCACGAACUGUGAUAGCUAGACAGUUGAAAUUUUCGCAGGUGAUGUAUUUCUGUUGCCGCUAUAACAACAAUAAAAUACUAAAAACAGAAUAAAAUAAAGAUUUAAAUGGGGCUCCCAUACAACAAACGUGAUUUUUGACCAAAGUUAAGCAACGUCGGGAGUGGUCAGUACUUGGAUGGGUGACCGUUUUUUUUUUUUGCUUUUUGUUUUUGUUUUUUGUAUUAUGGUACGGAACCCUUCGUGCGCGAGUCCGACUCGCACUUGCCCGGUUUUUUCAAUAAUUUCGAUGAGAGCAUUGUUUAUGUAUAUUAGUGUAGAGUGCUCACGUAUAUUUUAUCUGUGAUACAUUUUGUUUGUAAAAUGUUGCAAUAACGAGUAGGUAUUAUAGGUGUCUAGUUUAUGGCCAUAGUUACUUUAAAGUUGUGGUUACGUUGGCGCUAGCUUUCAUACAAACAAAAAAAAAUUAAUAGAAUUAGACUAAGAAAAGUCUGCAGCGACUUUGAUAGCCCACGCAGUGCUAGUGUUAUUUUAAACGCUUCUAUGAUUUUAUGACGUAUAAAUAACACUUGCGUGGGCUAUUAAAAUCGCUGCAGUCUUUUCUUGGUCUAACUCUAACGCUAAGAGGCGCUAAUGUAGUAUAAAAGUUGUAGCGGCAAUUUUGACAGCUGAAGUAAAUAGCGCAGUACCGUGCCUAGGUUGUCAAGUGAUACAAGUGCCUUUGUGGCCUAUUUGCUGAAUAAAUGUUGAAGUUUGAAGUUUACGUUUGACAAUUAAUUACCAAAAACAUAUGGUUCCAGUGGUCAGCUGGUAUUACGAUUUAAACAUAUUUCACUGUGUUCCGUCUUGAUAAAUAUAAAUAAGCACGUUUUGGUAAUAUUGUGACGGUCUUGCCAAAUAUUUUAGGUCCGGUGUAUAUUUGAUUUCUGUUUGUAUGAAAACUAGGUACUGGUACUAAUUCCUUCCUACGAAUAUUUUAACACAUUAACAGUGUAACAACGACUAUUUCCGUCUCCUGCAUUCCAGAUUUUAUUGUAUUUAGUAUCGUUUAAGUACAAAUCAAUAAAGGAUUAUAUACGA